AUGAGCGAGAAGAAAGCGUUGGUGGAGCUAUUUUAUGAUAUCAUCUCUCCGUAUUCGUGGAUUCAAUUCGAGGCGCUGAAUCGAUAUGCAAAGGUUUGGCCAAUCGAGCUUCAGCUGAAGCCAUUCUACUUGGGAGCAAUCAUGAAAUCAGCUGGCAAUCGUCCACCGAUGACCGUCCCGUCAAAGGGUGUUUACAUGUUGAAAGAUUUGGAGAAAAACAAUCGAUAUUGGGGGUUGAAGCUGCAAGCGCCGUCGAACGUUGCCGAGAUCGUGAUGGGCAAAACGACGAUUCAGGCGCAAAGGAUGCUAGCGGCGGUGGCUGAGGCUGAGCCUGAAAAGUUGGAAGAAACGUCUCGCGAGUUGUGGAAACGAAUCUGGAUGAGAGGAGAGGGGGUUUUCGAGGCAAAGGAUUUCGAAGAGGUUGCGAAAGCUGUUCAUUUGAAGAAUCCAACGAAAGUUUUCACGUUGAUGAAAGAUGAGAAAAUCAAGAAAAUCAUCUCAGAGAAUGUAGAAAAAGCGGUGGAGAGUGGGUCGUUCGGCGCUCCAUGGACGAUCGUGACCCUUCCAUCAGGCGAAUCCGAGUCAUUCUUUGGUUCAGAUCGAAUGCAUCUCAUCGCCGAUUUUCUCAAAUUUCCUUUCGACGGCCCUUUAAAAGAGCAUUCAGCUAAGCUU